UCGUUGCAGCUACUACUACUAAUCAGAUACUCCGCGCUUUAGGGAGGGUUUCUAAAGGCCGGGCUGGAGGAGGCAAGUGUCAUGCGGGGGGCUCGCCUCGCCUCGCAGCAGAGCGGCGGCGGUGCAGCGUGAAGAGGCGGGUUUUGGGGGUGGGAGGAUAUUUUUCCCCCUUCUCUUUUGGCCAUUGCUGCUGCUGAUCUGGAAUGUUGCAAGUGAGAUUUCAGCCAAGCUGAGCGAGAGCAGGACGCAGGGAGCCGCCGGACAGCAGGCAGGGCUGGCUGCCGCGCGAUGAAACGCCGCAAGCUGGCCGUGGCAGCCGGCUUCUGCCUCUCCUUCUUGCUGGGCACUUUGCUCAACGUCUUCUUCAUCCCGGCCUUUGAUCUACAGCAGCAGCAGCAGCAGCAGCAGCAAAGCGCGGCCGUCACGCACUCGCUGGCGGGCUCGCCUCUGGACGUGCCGGGGGAGGCGGGACGGAGCAGCAGCCGCCGCUGGGACUUAGCCCGGCAGAUCCGAGAGCGCUACGAAGAGGUGCUGCGUUAUCAGCGGCGGCGGCAGCAGCAGCAGCAGCCCCCGCGGCAAGCGACGGUGCCGAACGCCCCCGCCGGCUCUCGCCCGCUGAUGAGACCCCUGGAGCGGCGGCUCAUGGAUCUCGCCCCGCAGCGGCGCCUCUCGUUGUCUUCGUCCACGGAGCGCAGCGCCGGCUGGCUCCGAUCCGACCUGGGCAUCUCCUCCGGGGCGCCCUGGCACCCCCGUGCCCAAGUGGAGCUCUCGCUCCGCCCGCUCCGCCUGGGAUGCCGCGAUAUCCGCAAUGUGACCGACGUGCAUUACCUGGGCUCCGGCUACACCAAGGCCGUCUACAAAGCGGUGCUCAACCGGAGCUUGGCGGUGGCCCUCAAGUCCGUCGAUUUUGGGGGGCACGACAUCGACAACUGCGUCAAGCUCUACGGCGCCCUGGAAGACUGUUACCGGCUGGCCUCUUACAAGAUCGUCAAGGAGAUGGUCCUCUUGCAGAGGUUGCGGCACCCCAACAUCCUCCAGCUCCAUGGAUAUUGUUACCAAGACAGCAAUGACAUUUCCGACACACUGACUGCUAUCACAGAACUAGGUUCACCGCUGGAGAUGAUACAGCUUUUGCAAACUUCCUGGGAGGACAGAUUUCGCAUCUGCCUAAGCUUAGUUCGGCUUCUGCAUUACCUGGCCCACUCUCCUCUUGGCUCCGUGACUCUCUUGGAUUUCCGACCUCGGCAGUUUGUGAUUGUGGACGGAGAGCUCAAAGUGACAGAUCUGGACGACGCCACCAUUGAGGAGAGUUCCUGCACCAGCAGCAGGGACUGUUUCAUGGAGUUCCCUGCAAGAAACUUCACUCUACCUUGUUCUGUUGAGGGCAAAUGCCAAAGUAUGAAUGAGAAGAGGAAUCUUUACAAUGCAUACAGGUUUUUCUUUACAUAUCUUCUGCCGCACAGUGCCCCUUCAUCCCUGAGACCAUUGCUGGAUGUGAUUGUCAAUGCUACAGGAGAACUUCAGUGGGGAAUAGAUGAAACAGCUGCUCAGCUUGAAAAAGUUUUGCAUUUAUACAAGAGUGGCAUGUACCUCCAGAACGUUACACGGAAACCCAAAUCAGAUUACAGAAAGCUGCCUGAAGCUGCAAUCCUUGAUGAAAAUUACAGGUGCUGGCCGUCCUACCACCACAAGGGAUGCCUCCUUUCUGUGUUUGAUGUUAGUGAGGCUAUUGAGGUUUGUGAGAGUCAUUCGCAGUGCACAGCUUUUGUUCUCACCAACCAAACGACAUGGACAGGUCGUCAACUUGUCUACUUCAAGAUGGGCUCCACUUCCAUUGUUUCUGAUCAUGACAAGACAACAUAUGUGAAAAUGACUAAUUGAAAGCUAAUGUGACCUAGAAAUCCAAUUCUGUGCAACUUUACGCAGAGGUAACUCCUACUAGGUUCUGUAGGGCUUACUCCCUAGUAAGUGUGCAUAGAAUUACAGCCCUAGUCCAACUAGUGAAAAAAUGACAGCAGUUUGCAUUUACAUGAAGACUGCUAUUGCAUACAAGGAAGCGGAGGAUGGAGAAGGAAUUGCACUAACGCUCAUUCUAACCUACGGAGCGUGAACCCAGACUUUAAUGAAGAGACCUGUAUGACCAGGAUGAAUGUGCAAUAAGAUGACAUUUAAAAAUGUGACUUUGUUUUAAGAAGCAGAAUGAAAUCCAAAAUGUGAUACACUGUGUGGCUAGCCAUAGGUUGCUAGAAGGCAACAGGCACCCUAAGUGUGCUUUCCCCACUAGGGUUACACAUGCUAUGUAUAAUUUUGCAUGGGGUUUGGUUGAAAAUUCUUCUUCCUUUCCAUAGGGAGUUUGGGACUUCCAAGUUCAGAUAUUUAUGUGAGCAAGUACAAUCACUGCAGGAUUGUUAAACCUCAUGUGUUCCAAAGCUGAAGAUCAAAUCUCAUGGAAGACAAUCAAUACUUAUGCUUGUUGUACCAAAUAUACAAAACCAAACAUCACCACCGCCACCAUCAUCAUCAUCAUCAUCAUCAUCAUCAUGGUGGUCCUUGUGCAAUGGAUCAAUAUAGUGUCUAUUAGAGUUGUCACCCAAUUAAAAAAAUGUAGGUCGCAAUCUAGGCAUGUUUAGACAGAAAACAUCCUAUAACUCCCAGCAUUCUGCAACUAGCAUGGCUGGGUGAAAAGUGCUAGGAGUUGUAAGACAUUUUUCGGUUGAAACAUACACAGGAUCACACUUUUAGUUGAUUAAUUAUAUCAGCUUUACUUGAUUAAAUCUGCCUAUGAGGACAAAAAGGAAAACACACACACUUCAUUUUUAGAAGAUGCACAGCAUGGAUUGCUACAGGCACAAUCUUAGAAGAAGCAUUCCACCUUUGCUUUUACAAAAGAAGAAAUCCAUGGUGCAUUUAGGACAUUUUAAACCAGAAGUCUCCAAGCCUUUUGGAUCACCAGGCACAUUUGGAAUUUUGAGAGAGUCAUGGGUGCUUUCACAAAAUGGCUGCCAUGGGUGAGACUCUUGCCCAAGAAUCUAAUUACAAGGCCACACAAACUGUCUUUGGAACACAAAUAAAGAUGAUGCUGGAGGAUAGCCAUUUGCUUUGCAGCAUACCAGCCUCCCAGCUUUUUUUUUUAAAGUUAGAAUAUUUUAAUAAAUGAAAUAAAAAUCGGGAGGGGCAGGGAGCCUGGCAGGCACUAAGAGAGGUGUCUGUGAGCAUAUUGGUGUUGACAGGCACAAUGUUGGAAAACCCAAUUUUAAUGUCCAUGUGUGUUGGUUGGUGGGGGGGCUCUCUUAAUAUGGUAGCAUGUAUUAUUUCACUUAUCAGCAAAUAUGGUACAAUAACUCUGUUGCGUUUGGGGGCCCUUCUCAUUCUGCUGAGUAGGUUCCUGGACUUCUGCCCAAAGUUGCCACUGAACGGAAUGCCUUUUUUAAGAAGGCACUUGCCAUCCACAGUUUUUAUAAGUACGUCUUUAAUAUAUCUGCUGCCCUGCUAAUCAGGGGUACCCAUUUAGUUGAUGAAAAUGUUUUUAAUCAAGCUAACUGAUUAACUGAAUAAAUGUUGCAGGCCUAGUAUCUAUAGAUGCAAUAAUGCCGCCAAUUUUGAGUUUAGAAAAUAAACUGGGAAGGUGUCUAUCACUGCAGUGGUUGUAGUGAAAAAGAACUAUACACUGCCACAUACUCAGGAUGUGCCUGCCAUUAAUCCAACAGAUGUACGUUUCAUCUUUCCCCAUGAGUGCACCAAAUAGUAUCCCAACUCUAGCUUCAGCAAUUUACUUUUCCUGUAUGAGUGAAUGGAAGUCAUGCACUUAGAGAAUGUAAAAGUGAAUAAAACAAUGCUGAGAUGGGAGCUAACCCAACUCUCUCUUGUAGAGGAUGGGGAGGGAGCUUUUGUCCAUAUUCCCAACAGUUUUUGACAAUUACCUAAUAGGAGUAAUUGAAAAUCAAGCCUACACCAAUCCACACAACUUCACUUGGGUUCCAUUUCUUGGUAAUGAUAGAAUGGGACACUGGAGUGCACAGAGACAAAACCCAGCAAUUUGAUUUUCAAUAUACAUCCUAUAUUAAUCAACAGUUAUCUAACAAGAUAUGUUCCAUUUGCUUAGCCCCAGAUCAAUGCUCAGUGUUGAAUCGUAUCAUUCAACAUCCGUUGAAUGAACACCUAAGUUAAUAUGAUUUAAACACAUUCAUAGAGAUUUUGAUACAUGAGACUAAAUUGUAUAUUUGUCGUUCUGCAUGGACACGGAUGUUUGGAUGCCUUGAAAGGUUUGGAUACUCAGGUUCAUGGAAUGGGCUAACCAUGUUACUUUCCUAGGGACUCUACUGUGAAAGAUAUUCUGAAUUACUGUUGGAUGUAAUGGAUGGGCUUGCCGUAGAGGAAGUGAUGUGGAUAAUUCAUAUCGACUUAACUUCCACAUAUCUAUGUGUUCAAAACACUUGGUGGGGGAACUCUUCAUGUGAUUGCCAUAUGUCAUAUUGGAAUUGGCCAUUUUUAUGCAACAGCAUUCACAGUAUCUCUGACGCAUCAGCAGAGCAGUUAAGAAUAAUGAACAGCACAAUUUUUCAGCAGUAUCUUUUGACAAAGGAUACAUUUCUGUUACUGAAUCUUUGGAGUUUUAAAGGUGCUGCUUACUAGCUUUAAGAACAAAUGACCUUAACAACAGCAAAUGAACCAGAGCCUUAAUAAUGCAAUAGAAAUAGCAAAAUCUUUUCGUAAGCAAAGUGUGUCUAGAUAAUAUGCUUUCAGUGAAAGCAAGCAAGAAAAUGUUAAAAGUGACAAAUGUCAU